CGACGGAUACGAGGACGUCGGACGAUGCUGCGAAAGUCGGAACGCUGAGUUCUGGCUCUAGAUUCUGAAUUCAGUUGCGUUAUACGUCGCGACGGCAGCACACGCGUCGCUCCCCCACAGAGAAAGUCUGGGAAGUGUUCAGUCGAGUCCCGCAGAGAACGCAUAUAGCACAGAGAUCUGAGGCAUCAGCCGAGCCGAGGAAUAAAAACAAACGCGACACUCGCAGCGCUAAACAGAAAAAGUGUUACCCAUGUUCCAAAGAUAAAAACCCAAGGCCCUUGCCCAAAUGGCCGUCACACGUGUGUGCUCUAUAAGAAAUACGUAGCUAAACCCAGAAGAACCCACGCAAGUCCAAGCCAAAACCCAAAACCUCACAGAAAACUAUCCGAAAGGCGAGGCAAAGUGUUACAACAAGCAUUCCAAAUGUUGUCCUGUCUGGCGCCGUCGUCUUCACGUUUCGGCCAAGAGGAUACCAUCAUUCAGCAGAGCAUGCCAUCCACCGCCUUCACCAUGCAGUUUCCCUCGCUGGCCUCCACUUUGCUCCACCACAACCAGUCCCCGAAGCACAGCAAUCCGGGAUCCAGCGGGAUCCAGGAUGCCCACCCCAACCAGCCAGGUGCCGCCGCAGAUGCCUUCCUGGUCAAGUGCACCCAGUGCCACAAGCGAUUCCCGGAGUUUCAGUCCUUGAGCGAGCACGUCGCCAGUGAGCAUCCCCACGACAAGCUGAACUGUGGAGCUGCCCAGCCGGAAAGCGACGCCGAGGACGAGCAGAGCAACCUGAGCGGCAGCAGCAGGCGGUACUCCAAGUCGCCGGGCACCACCUCCACCAACAACAACAACAACAGCAGCAGCAACACGAAUGCCAGCCAGUCGAACAACAACAACAACAACAGCGAACUGGCCAAGAACCACAACAACACGAACGCGAACAAAAUGUCGCCGCUGUGCUCGCCGGGAUCGCUGACCCCCGGCGACCUGUUCGCCCAGCUGCCACACCCACCGCACCCGAUGCCCGCCCACCUGCACGCCCAGCUGAUGGCCGCCGCCGCCGCCUCGCUGGCCAUGCAGUCCGCCCGGUCCGCCGGCUCGCCGAGCCAGCAGCAGCAGCUGCAGCAGCAACAACUGCAGCAGCAGCACCAGCAACUGCAGCAGCAGCAGCAGCAAAUGCAGCAGCAGCAGAUGGCGCUGCAGCUGCUGCCGCCGCAACUGCCAGGCAGCAACAGCAGCGUGGGCAGCAACUCCGCCUACGACCUCGACCUGAGUGCCCCGCGCUCCACCUCGAGUCCGGGCUCCACCACCGGGGAGCUGAGUGGCGCCUACCCCUGCAUGCAGUGCACCGCCUCCUUCGCCUCCCGCGAGCAGCUCGAGCAGCACGAGCAGCUCCACUCGCCCUGCGGCCAGGCAGCGGUGCCCAACGUCUCCCAGACCUGCCGGAUUUGCCACAAGGCAUUCGCGAAUGUCUACCGCCUGCAGAGGCACAUGAUCAGCCACGACGAGAGCGCGCUCCUGCGGAAGUUCAAGUGCAAGGAGUGCGACAAGGCCUUCAAGUUCAAGCACCACCUCAAGGAGCACGUGAGGAUCCAUUCCGGCGAGAAACCCUUCGGCUGCGACAACUGCGGCAAGCGGUUCUCGCACUCGGGCAGCUUCUCCUCCCACAUGACCUCCAAGAAGUGCAUCAGCAUGGGCCUCAAGCUGAACAACAACCGCGCUCUGCUGAAGAGGCUGGAGAAGAGUCCCGGCUCCGGGUCGGCGGGAUCCCGCCGGUCGCCCUCGGAUCUCGGAAAGGGAAAAGGGCUGCCGGUUCAGCCCUCGCUGUCCGGACUGCCCAACCCGAUGAUCUACUUCGCCAGCGACGCCCAGAACCAAGCUGGAAACGCGGGCCCCGCUCCGUUCCCGCCCUUUAACCCCACGAACUACAUGAACGCGGCCCUCCUGGCCUUCCCCAACUCCUUCAUGGUCGCAGCUGGCCUCGAUCCCCGGGUGCAUCCCUACAGCAUCCAGCGGCUGCUGCACCUCUCGGCCGCCGGCCAGCAGCAGCGGGAGGAGGAGCGGGAGCGGGAGCAGCAGCAGGAGGACGAGGAGACCCCCGACGAGCCCAAGCUGGUGAUGGAUAUCGACGAGCCCGAGGCCAAGGAGCGGGUUCCCACGCCGCCGCCCGCGGAGGAGGCCACGCCCAUCAAGCGGGAGGAGAGCAGGGAGGCCUCGCCUGCCCCAGAGGGCUACCCCGCAUCCCCUCCAGCGAUCAAGCAGGAGCAGGAACCCCUUCCUGCCGUCGAGGAGCCCGAGAUCUCCGUCGAAGAGCCACCGCAGGCGGAGCAGCCCGCCGAUCUGCGCUGCAGCCGCUGCUCCAAGCAGUUCAACCACCGCACGGAGCUGGUGCAGCACGAGAAGGUCCUCUGCGGCCUGAUCAAGGAUGAGCUGGAGCAGUACUUCCAGCACCAGCAGCAGGCGAACUCCUUCGUGCUGCCCUCCGCCAGCGAGGAAGACGAGGAGGACGAGGAGAUGGAGGAGGAGCCGCGCCAGGAGAGCGGCGAGCGGAAGGUGCGGGUGCGGACGGCCAUCAACGAGGAGCAGCAGCAGCAGCUGAAGCAGCACUACUCCCUCAACUCGCGGCCCAGUCGCGACGAGUUCCGGAUGAUCGCCACCCGGCUGCAGCUGGACCCGCGGGUCGUCCAGGUCUGGUUCCAGAACAACCGCUCCAGGGAGCGCAAGAUGCAGAGCUUCCAGAGCAGCCAGAGCAACCCAGCGAUGGGUGCCAACGAAGCAAGCAACACCUCUCUGACCCGCGAGGAUCAGCCGCUGGACUUGUCCGUGAAGAGGGAUCCCCUGACACCGAAAAGUGAGAGCUCGCCGCCCUACAUUGCUCCACCGACGGGCGAGACCCUCAAUCCCGAGGCCAUCAACCUGAGCAGGAAGUUCUCCACCUCGGCGUCCAUGUCCCCAGCCUCGAUUUCGCCCUCCUCCGCGGCGGCCUUGUACUUCGGAGCUGCCCCGCCGCCCUCGCCGCCCAACAGCCAGCUGGAGGCCACUCCCCGCGGCGGCCAGGCCUUCCCGGGCAUGCCCUACAUGCUGCCCAUGCCGCUGCCCAUGGAGGCGCUGUUCAAGAUGCGCCCCGGCGGGGAGUACGCCCCCAACCCGCUGAUGAACAGUAUUAAGCUGCCCGACUACCGCGGCACCAGCCUGAGCCCCGGCGGCUCCGAGAAGCGCUCCUGGCGGGACGACGACUCGCGCAUCUCGCACGAGGACGACUUCGUCGGAGGCGGCGGCCUGAUGCCCCCGAAGCCCCGCCGGGGAAAGGCGGAGACCCACGGCCACGCCGGCGAUCCCGACCUGCCCUACGUGUGCGACCAGUGCGAAAAGGCGUUCGCCAAGCAGAGUUCGCUGGCGCGCCACAAAUACGAGCAUUCCGGUCAGCGACCCUACCAGUGCAUGGACUGCCCGAAGGCCUUCAAGCACAAGCACCACCUCACGGAGCACAAGCGGCUGCACAGCGGCGAGAAGCCCUUCCAGUGCUCCAAGUGCCUGAAGCGCUUCUCGCACUCCGGCAGCUACAGCCAGCACAUGAACCACCGGUACUCCUACUGCAAGCCCUACAGGGAAUAGGUAAGCGACACCUCAGUGCCGCCCACCUGCCAACCGGGAGCCGCCGUUCCCUCCCAGCCGCCGCCGGCGAUGGCCAGCAGCCGGGGUCGCCGGCGAGUCCAGGCUCCGGCGGGGAAUCCGCCCUAUCCGCCGCCGCACCACCAGCAUCUCCAGCAUCCCCACCACCCGCAUCUGGCGGCCAUGGCUGCCUUCCAGCAGCAGCAGCACCACAGGCUCUCCUGGAGCGGAGCUGGGGUGAUGCUACCGCCACCUCCUAACCAGCAGCCACAUCGCCUGCCGGCCCCCCAUCCGCCGCCACUGCUCCCCGGAUCCGGAUUCGGGCAGUUCCACCACCACGCGGGGCUGCUGCCGCCUCCGCCGCCGCCCCCGCCGCAGACCACGCCCACGUCAGCGCCCGCCUUCGACUUCUUCAACGCCAAAAUGUUUCCAAACUAAGGAGCAAAGCCAGCACCUACGGGCUGUACUUAAAGAACAGACGAACAGAAAAUCUCAAUUGUGCAGGAACACACAGACCCCCAGGAAAUGCACUUUAGACAGAGUCAGAGAAAGUAGGAGAAAGUCAGAAAGAGAGAGAGAGAUAUUUUUUAUAGCCAUAUAACCAGGAGACGGAAAGCCGCAGUCGAAAACCUUUCGUUUGAGCGAAUUUAUUAUUUUUACAAUGUUGAAACCAAGCACUUUGUUUUAGUAUUUUAUCAUUUACCAUUUAUUUUACCGCCUAAGUUCGAGCGGAGGCCAAACAUUUUAGCUUGGGCCGCCUCGUUGAAGAUAUCGUUUUAUCCAUUAUCUAUUUUUUUAUGCAUUAAUGUUCGGUUUUUAGAUUUUAGUUUUUAGUUUUAGGAGCUGGAGAUACCAGUACCAAGUGCUGCAGAAUACUCAGAACGCGAAACGCUAACGAAUCGUUAAGAGCGCCACUCCUAAGCGGAAUAAGUGUAUAUUUUCUACGAUUAUGUAUUGGCCUAAGUUGUACUUUUAGGCUUAGUUCUAGGCUAAGCGAUUCGAGCCACGCAGACUCGCUCGAACGGAAUUUUCCACCCACAACCUCCGGACCAAAGCAGAAAGGUAACUCCAUGAAAUCGAAUACAGACAAUACACCUUACCGAAAACAACCAGAUACAAAAGUAUUAAGCAGCGAAACUGUAUUAAAGCCUCCACAUCGUAGAGUCCACGCCCACACCGCCCCCAUUUCGUAUGUAGUUUAUGUUUAAAUGGAAAACCCACCGCUUUCCGCGCGUUUCACUCCGAAGCUCAAGCUCUUACUUAAGGAGAAGUCCCCUCGAAAGUCUCCCUCGAACUUCGCUUUAAGUUCCCGAUCCGAAUUCCCCUUCCCAAAAUCGCGAAGUGAGCACAAAACACCUACAAGAUCAUUCCAUUUGGCCAGAGCCGCGCCCAAGGAAGGUGCAACUCAUGCAUUUAAGGCCUCCGGCUGCCGCUUGCCACUCGACAACCCACUAAAUCUAAACUAAAUCUAGUGCUAAACUAACCUAAACUAAUAUCUAAUACAUACGAAGCGAUAACAAACACUUAAUUUGGCCUUAUUAAAGAUUAUUUAAUGAUUAAACACGUUUCAGAAUAUUCAAAAAGAAAAACUAGCAUGUAAAAAGAAAGAAAACCUUUGGAAAAGUCUCGCGAAAAAUCCAUUAGCAAAAUUCCAUGUGCGUAUUAAAUGUAAAAACAAAAAGGAAAACCAAAGCCCUAUUAACUAUCGAAAUGUUUGCCAUGACAAUAAAUUUAUGACUAAAUAA